CUAAAAGUACAAACAAUUUAGGCCACCCUAUUCUUUCACUGCACACUCCAGCUAUAGUCAAGGUAUUCAGGAAGGUUAGUUGGCCUGUGCUUCCCCCCACUGAAUAAGACGUGCCUUUUGUUGUACAGUUUAUCGAUGCAGCGUCAGUUGGAGAUGGAUGCCAACGAGACGGCUCAGUUGGAGGAGAGGGAGAGAGAGAUGAGGCAACUGGAGACUGAUAUCUUGGACAUCAAUGACAUAUUCCGAGACCUGGGAACCAUGGUCCAUGACCAGGGAGAGCUCACAGAUAACAUAGAGACCCAGGUUGAAACUGCAGCGGUUAGAGUGGAGAGUGGCAACAAACAGUUAGAAAAGGCUGUCAGACACAAGAAAUGUUCCCGCAAGCUGACGUGCUGCAUCGUGUGUCUCCUGCUCGGGAUCCUUACUGCAAUCGUCAUUAUCGUCGUCGUGUUGCUUGCCAUUUUCACUGACGCAUUCAAGAAGAGUAAUAAUAAAUAAACACUGUUCUGGAUUGAGGUUAUUUUAAUUGUAAACUUUCGUGUUGUUGUCUGUUCAAUGUAUGUGUAUUAUACCACUAUAAUUAUACCAGUUUUAUCUGAUAAACAACGGCACAAUUUGUUACAUAGUCCAGGGAAGAGAAUGUUGCUCUACUUUACUUCCCGAUGUGCGGUCUCUUGUGUUGUGUUACAAAUGGGG